GCAAAUGGCCGGAGCUGGACCGACCAUGCUGCUACGAGAGGAGAAUGGCUGUUGCAGUCGACGUCAAAGCAGCUCCAGCGCCGGGGUUAGCACGGGCUCGGGUUCUGGGAUUGAGGGGCAGUGGGGCAGCAAGAUGGGGGGACGGGGCCGGAGGGAGGGGGACUGCAGCUCCCGGCAGCCUCUGGGCUUCGUGCGAGCGCCCCGCGGGCUGUCGGGAGCGGUGGUUCAGCGGGCGCGGGGCGGGCUACUGGGCUGCGCCGUCUGAGCGUGUGUCCCGCCCCGCGCAGGAUUCGGAUGGGGAGCGCGAGGACUCGCCAGCCGCACGCGCCCGGCAGCAGCUAGAGGCGCUGCUCAACAAGACUAUGCGCAUUCGCAUGACAGAUGGACGGACACUGGUCGGCUGCUUCCUCUGCACCGACCGCGACUGCAAUGUCAUCCUGGGCUCGGCGCAGGAGUUCCUCAAGCCGUCGGAUUCUUUUUCUCCUGGGGAGCCCCGUGUGCUGGGCCUGGCCAUGGUACCUGGACACCACAUCGUUUCUAUUGAGGUGCAGAGGGAGAGCCUGGCGGGGCCUCCUUAUCUCUGACCACGGUGGAGCUUGCCUUUCAGCCUUCAUUAAACCUAUGACCGAA